UCUUUCUAUAAUUGUAUAUCUGGAUGAUGUUACUAGAGUUUUCGGACGGUUUAUUCUAUAUCAUUUCACAAAUCAUACUAAUGAUAUUUCAGUCAUUUGAUGAUUCAACACAACCAUUUGUUCCUUCACCACUGCAUCGAGUCAACAAAGACGGAAUUCUUUAUGAGCCGAAAAUUGUCAAUUACGGAACGUCUGUUAUCGAAGAUGUUUACAGAAUAGGAAAUGCAACAAAAUAUCAUAAAACGGAUAUGAUUGUAGAUCUACUGUUAUCUAGAACAAACGCUGAAAGACAAAACAUCAAAGAGAAAUACAACAGUGUCUUGAGAAAGUCUUUACUCAACGAAAAUGAAAAUAUCAAGUCAAAUUUAGUGUAUGUUUUAUUUCAAGAUCUGUUGACCGAUUCAUCGAAUAUAUUAGGUGGAGAAUUAAACAAAGCAGUUAUUUUAUCAGAUUUAAAAAGGAUAACUAGUAUAUUGAUUGAUUUCUGGGGUGAAGAAUUUAAUGAAGUGGAAAAAAUCUAUAAAUUAUCUGCCUCGGAGUCUCUAUGGAAUUCUAUUGGGAAAAAGUUUGGAAAAUCAGUUGAAUCUGUUUUACGAUGCGUUGUUGAAACAAGAAAAAUUGAACCUCAACAGGAAUAUCCUGUUAAAGGUCGAGGUGGUAAGCCAAUUGUUAACGAGAGCGUCGUUUUAAAGGCGUUUAAUGACCUUAUGAACGUGUCACAUUCCAAUGAAGUGAAAGCAGAGCAACUUGGUGAAAUUUUGUGUAAACUUAAUCCAUUCGAAUUCGAAACAUUGGACAUAGUAUUUCAACGUUCAAGGCUUGGAGAAUUAAAUGUGUACACAAGUACAGAUCAUCAAGAAAUCUAUCCUUCAAUCUUCGAAAUUUUUCAAGCAAAAACAAUUGGUCCUAUUCAUAAUGUAUUGGUCGCCCUAUAUAAUUAUUCUAUCAACAAACCAUUAUACUUUGCUACAAUAAUUCAUGAUGAACUGCAUAAAGAACUGACUGAUUUUUUAAGUUUACAACGUCUGUUGUUAUUACGAUCAGAAAUUGAUUUACAUACCAUUGACAAAGUGUAUAAAACUAAAUAUGGAAUGUAUUUAUCAGAGGAUGUCAAGAAAAUCUAUGUUGGUGAAUAUGGUGAAAGACUUUUAAAACUUUUACAAAAAAAAGAAAUACCAGACAUAUUUCAACAAGCAAUACCAGUAUUGCCCCCUGUAUUGCAAUCAAAGAUUAUCUGA